UCAUCCCUUUCACAAUGAUUAAAGAUUAGGUCAUCUCUCUUUCAGGGGAGGUCUAGCAGCAGCAGCAGCAGCUAGCAGCACUUGCUGCUAGCCAGUCCACCAUCUGAUUUACACACUCAUGAGCAAAUAAAAGAAGGGAAGAACAUGUCACCGGCGCUGGGUUUGGCAAGGAGGAAAAACAAUAUGAUAAAUGAGGAUGUAAAGGAAAAGUGUGGCAUAGCAUAGAGCAUUUGAAAGAAAGAAAGAAAGAAAGAAAGAAACAUGGGAGUAGGAGCAGCGUCAUCCAAGCUGAAAAGGGCUGCAAAGAAAAUGGUGGUGGCUGCAUGCGCCUCCUUCUCCUCCAGAGAGCCAGCUGCUCCUGCGGAUCCCUCUGUUUCCAUUUAUACCACCUCCAUCAAUAUCUCGGAUUCUAAUCAAGCAAUGUUUCCCACAAGGACAAAGAAUAGCUUCUUAGGGGAAGGGGAAGGGGAAGAUGAUGAUGAUGAAGAAGAAGAAUCCAGCACCAUCAUUAGCAAUACAAAAAACAACAACGUGGCUUCUAAGAACUUGUGCGCAAUAUGUCUUGAUCCCCUAAGUUAUAGCACAGGCAACAGCCCGGGGCAGGCCAUAUUCACAGCGCAGUGCUCUCAUGCGUUCCACUUUGCCUGCAUCUCAUCCAAUGUCCGCCAUGGUAGUGUCACCUGCCCCAUCUGCCGUGCUCAUUGGACGCAGCUCCCCCGCAACCUAAAUAUCCCUUGUUCCCUUUCCUGCAACCACGCCGAUCCCAUUUUCCAAAUCCUAGAUGAUUCCAUUGCAAACUUCCGCGUCCAUAGACGUUCUUUCCUACGCUCUGCCCGUUAUGAUGACGAUGACCCCAUAGAACCUGAUCAGACUCCCAAUCAUCCCCGUCUAGACUUCUCUCUAGUGCCAAUCCCAUUGACAAUCUUUCAUCAUCCUCGCACACAACAUUACCAGCAUCACUACAACUUAACAAGCUCAUCAUUGCUUUCACACCCACCAGCGUCUUAUGCAUGCACCUCCUCAUCAAAUAGGAGAACAACUGCUGCCUAUCUCUCAGUAAGGUUGGCAAAUCAAAGACCAACGGAUAUGGUUCUGGUUGCAAGCCCCAAUGGACCACAUCUGAGGCUUCUCAAGCAAUCGAUGGCAUUAGUGGUUUUCUCUCUCCGACCCAUUGAUCGUUUGGCUAUUGUGACUUACUCUUCAGCUGCAGCCCGUGUCUUCCCCCUUAGACGCAUGACAUCCUAUGGUAAGCGAACAGCCUUACAGGUCAUUGACCGCCUUUUCUAUAUGGGGCAAGCAGACCCGAUUGAAGGUCUCAAAAAAGGGAUAAAAAUUCUCGAGGAUCGUGCACACAAGAAUCCACAGUCUACUAUCUUACAUCUGUCUGAUAGUCCAACGAGAUCGUACAAUGCUAUCAAUUUGCAAGUUCCUAUUCCCAUCCAUCGGUUUCACGUGGGAUUUGGCUUUGGCACUUCAAAUGGGUUCGUCAUGCAUGAAUUUGAAGAGUUCUUGGCCAGACUGCUUGGAGGUGUUAUUAGAGAUGUCCAAUUGAGGAUAGGGGAUGAAGCCAGGAUCAUAAGGCUUGGAGAGCUACGGGGCGGCGAAGAAAGGAGAAUUGUCUUGGAAGUGGGCGAGUCGGGAUAUGUUUGUGUAGGAUAUAGCUACAUUGAUGGCGGAGUUGAGGAAUUCAACAGAACAGGAGAAACUGCGGUGGCUCUAGGGGAUAAAAGGGAAGCAAAUGAAGAUGACAGGGAAGCUGUAGUAGGGAGGGACUCCAGCAGUAUACUUGGUGGAAGGAGUAGUAGUGUUGAGAGUUGGGAUUACCAUGAUCCUUACAUGGCUAGAAGAUGGGCUAAGCAUUUGCAUGGCUAUAGGAUUUGAGCCAAGCAACACCAGAACUUUACAGUAACAUGUCAACCAUAUCAACGGGGGAUUUCAGAGAUUUUCUGUGAGCCGCCAGAUAGUUUGACCAAGUAGCCGUGCUUAGACUGCGGGAAAAAGAAAAAAAAAAUUGUUCAAACGAGAGUGCUUUAGAAAAUUUAAAAUCGGAGUCGAUCUGUAAAAAAAAAUCAUACCUGGUGCUUUGAUUCAUUCAGAUCUCCAUUGCAAUUUUUCACUA